AUACGUUGUAGAAAUGUCGGAUAUCGAUCAUGUUCGAAGCUUAAUAAAAGCUGUACCUGAUUUUCCCAAAAAGGGCAUCUUAUUUCAAGAUAUAUUUCCAGUUUUUCAGGAUCCAAUUGCCGUCGAAACACUUAUAAAUCAUAUUGUAAAACAAAUUACCACUACAUUUAAUGAGAAAAUUGAUGUCAUAGUUGGUCUCGACGCACGUGGGUUCUUGCUUGGGCCAAUUAUAGCUUUAAGAUUAGGUGCUGCUUUUGUACCCUCCAGGAAAAAAGGGAAGUUACCGGGCAAAACAAUUAGUGCUGAAUUUGUAAAAGAAUAUGGUGUG